UUAAUAGUUUUGUUGUUUUUUUUUUUUUUAGUAAAUUUUUUUUUUUUUUUUAUUUGCACAACUUUUAAAUAUAAAUUUUGCAAGUGUUAGCCCAGACAUUGUCCCUUUCACUUUGCUGUCUCAUCUUAACUUUUAAAACCCUGCAUCUUAAAAAAUUUACUGCGUGACCUUGACAGACUGGAGCGUGGCCGAGUUAUUGUGAUUUAAAAAAAAAAAAAAGAAAAAAAUAGAAAUAAUUAAUAAUGUUAAUGUUACGUUUUUUGACAUUUUUAUUUAUUGGAAUUGGUAUAUUUGGUACAAUAACAGCAGUUGAAAUAUCUGAAGAGUGGUGGAGAGAUUCAUUUAUAUAUCAUCUUUAUCCACGUAGUUUCAAAGAUAGCGAUGGUGAUGGUAUUGGUGAUUUAAAUGGUAUUACAAGUAAAUUGGAAUAUUUAGUUGAUAUCAAAGUUAGUGCUGUAUGGAUUGGUCCAUUUUAUAAAAGUCCAAUGAUUGAUUUUGGAUAUGAUAUUACAAAUUUUACUGGUGUUGAUCCAAUAUUUGGUACAUUAGAUGAUUUUAAAAAAUUAACAUCAAAAGCAAAAUCAUUGGGAUUAAAAGUAAUGCUUGAUUUUGUACCAAAUCAUAGUUCAGAUCAACAUCAUUGGUUUCAAAAAAGUAUUAAAAGAAUAAAACCAUAUGAUAAUUAUUAUGUUUGGGCAGAUGCUAAAAUAAUAAAUGGUACAAGACAACCACCAAAUAAUUGGCUUAGUUUAUUUCAAGGUACAGCAUGGACAUGGAAUGACGAACGUAAACAAUAUUAUUUACAUCAAUUUGCAGCAGCACAACCUGAUUUUAAUUUUCGUGAUGAAUCAUUGAAUGAAGAAAUGAAAGAUGUAUUAAGAUUUUGGCUUAAUACUGGAGUUGAUGGUUUUCGUAUUGAUACUAUUCCAAGUCUCAUUGAAGAUACAAGAUUAUUAGAUGAACCAAGAUUACCAAAUACUGGUUUACCAGACACUGAUUCAGAUACACUUAGACAUAUAUAUACAUAUGAUCAAGAUGAAACUUAUGAUGUACUUAAAUCAUGGCGUGAAGUACUUGAUGAUAGUCCAGGACCAAAAAAAAUAUUUCUCACUGAAGCAUAUUCAAGUUUAGCUGAUGUUAUGAAAUAUUAUGAUUAUGGAUCAAAUAUACCAAUGAAUUUUAUGUUUUUGGGUGAACUUAAUAAUCGUUCAACUGCAUAUGAUUUUAAGCGUAAAAUUGAUCCCUAUUUAAAUGCAAUACCAGAUGGACAAUCAGCAAAUUGGGUUGUUGGUAAUCAUGAUCGAUUCCGUGUUGCAACAAGAUUUGGACCAAAAAGAGCUGAUCAAUUGACAAUGCUUGCAGCAGUAUUACCUGGUGUUGGAGUUAUUUAUAAUGGUGAUGAGCUUGGUAUGGAAAAUCGUGUUAUGACAUGGGAAGAGACAGUUGAUCCACCUGGUUGUAAUGCUGGUCCAUUGAGAUAUAAAACAACAUCAAGAGAUCCAAUGCGUACACCAUUUCAAUGGGAUAAUUCAACUAGUGCUGGAUUUUCAAUAAAUAAUAAAACUUGGCUACCUGUACAUCCAAAUUAUAAAACAAUUAAUCUUGCUGCACAAAAAUUAACAGCAGCAUCACAUUAUAAUGUUUUUAGAAGAUUGGCUGCACUUAAAAAAAAUCCAGUUAUUAGUAAAGGUACAACAAAACUUGUUGUUAUUAAUGACAUUAUAUUGGGGGUCAUUAGACGAUUACCAGGUAAAUCACCAAUUGUUUUACUCAUCAACUUCAGUGAUGGCUCUACUCAUUUUGAUGCAGCAUUUUCAUUAAAUAUACCAGAUAAAAUGUCAGUAUACGCGGCAAGUGUUGGAUCACACAUCAAAGUUGGCGCAACAUUUGAUACAAAUCGAAUUGAACUUCCUGGAGCAGCCUCAGUAAUACUCAAAUUGAAAAGUCGCUGAUUAAAAUAAUAUUGUUUUAGAUUUAAUGAAAAAAAAAAUUUUAUCAAAAUAAAAAACAAAAAAAAAAAACCACAAUGCUAUAAAGUACAGACUUGACGGAGAAAAUAUUCAAAUUUUUUUCACCCUUUUCUCUGCGAUGGGUCAGUUUGGAAUAAAAAAGUGGAGAAGUAUUCCCACCAAAAAAUUGAUAUCAUAUUUUUGAUCAAAACAAACCUCAGUCGCAUUAAAAUUUUUUUUUUUUUUAACACUACUUUAUAUCUGCAGGAAGCGAUGUUUUUUUUAUAUUUUGUUUUUUUUUUUUUUUUUUAUACAACGGUAUUUGAAAUUUAUAACUUAGUUUUUAUUUAUCAUAAUGGGUUAUUAUUAUUUUUUAUUUAACAAUGCUUCAAGACAAAACAAUCUCAUACAAGUAUUAUAAAAAAAAAAAAAUACAACAAAAACAAAAAAAAAAAAAAAAAGGAUUUCUAAAUAAACAAAUGGAAAAUCCAAGCCAAAAUAGACUAGGUUUUUAAUUAUUUUUUAUUAUUAAUUAAAUAACAUUUAGAAAUAAAUUUUUGA